GUUCAAAUAAAAUUAAAAGAACCUAGGAACCUGGCAGGAACCAGGAACGCUUUUAGAAUUCAUAUAAUUAUAGUGCUUGAGCAAGCAAUUUAUGUAGGUAUUGCCUAAAUAACUUCGAAUUUACCUAAUGUCUAAAAUACCAUGGCCCUUUCUUCGCAAAUUUGUUACUUAAGAUGCGUCAACACCCAAAAAAAGGUCAAUUUGCCUCACCAAAAGCCUGUAAGAAUCGGCCGAAACGAAGAAACAGGAAUCACGGACUUGCACGUAUCUAGAAAUCAUCUCGAAUGUACUGCAGAUUUGGAUACUUCAAAAGUUAUUUUAAAAACCCUCGGUAAGUCGUACUCCGGAUGCAACGGUUAUGCCCUAAUACAAAAUCGAACAUACACCCUCAAACACGGCGAUCGAAUCGAAGUCAGACUCGGUUUUCACGAAUUUGAUAUUAUUUUUGAAUCUGAAGAUGAACCUGCCACUAAGAAGGGAAGAUUAGAUUCUUUCGCAAUGAAUUCCAACUCGAAUAAGAAACUCUCAAAUUCGGGCAAAUGGGAAGAGUUAGACGGUCGAGAUUUGCUUAUUUUUACAACAGAUAACUGCGAACCCCAAUCGGCAAUUGCGGCGUUCGAUCUUGACGGUACUCUCAUUAAAACCAAAUCGGGGGCGCGAUUCCCGAAAGACCCUGACGACUGGAUCUCGCACAUCAAUUCAGUUCCUCAAAAACUGCAAAAACUUUACGACAAAGGCCACAAAGUCGUCAUUUUUGCCAACCAGUCUGACCUGAGUAACGAUUUUAGUAAAGUCAAAGGCUUUAAGAAGAAAAUUGAAGCUAUAAUUACGAAAUUAUCAGUGCCUGUGCAAGUUUUUAUUGCGACUGGAAAAUCUAUUUACCGCAAACCAGCCCCCGGCAUGUGGAACGUUUUCAUCGAGUCGAAAAAUGGGGGCGUGGCAAUCGACAUCGAAAAGUCUUUCUAUGUAGGAGACGAAGCCGGUCGCGAAAAUAACUGGGCCCCGAAGAAAAACAAAGACCCCUCGAUUUGCGACCGACUUUUCGCCUUAAAUGUGGGGCUAAAGUUCUAUACUCCUGAGGAGUACUUUCUUGGUUUUCCACCUGCGCCCCAUAUAAUGCCCGAGUUUGACCCAAGGAGGCUUUCCAACGAUGCUUACCCCCAAAUCGCCACCGGUAAACAGGAGGUUAUUAUAAUGGUGGGGACCCUUGGGUCGGGGAAGAGCCACUUUUGUAAGAAUUUUCUCGUACCGAAGGGGUACGUCCACGUCAGUCAGGAUAAACUGGGGUCAUGGAAAAAGUUUACCAAAAUGUUGGAAGAUUGUCUUCAAAAGAAGCAAAGUGUGGUGAUUGAUAACACAAAUCCUGAUAAGGAGUCAAGACAAAAGUUUAUAGAUGUGGCGAAAAGAAAACAAGUCGAUUGCAGAUGUUUUAUUAUGACAACGAGUCAUAACCACGUCAAACACAAUAUUAGGUUUAGAAAUAUAACUGACAAGAGUCAACUUCCAGUAGGGGAUUUGAAUCUUAAUUCGUAUAAGAAGGCUUUUCAGGAACCGGAAAUGGCGGAAGGAUUUUCGGAAAUUGUUAAAAUUCCGUUUAUUCCGAAAUUUGAGAAGGCUGAGCAUGAAAAGCUGUAUAAGAUGUUUUUGUUAGAGGACUGAUUUUUAAUAAAGUUUCGAAAUAAUAACCACGUUUUCUCAAAUAUAUGUACUUGUAGGUACGCCUUCAAUACAAUCACUUUACAAGUAAUUAGUACAAUAAAAAAUCGAUUACGCACUUGAGCAAGAAAUGAAUUUAUUUUAUAAAAAAAUAAGUACACUUGUAUAUACAAAAAAAAAACUGGCACUCCCUGUUAUGUACAAAAACUAAACAAAAUUUGAACACAGUUAC